AUGAGGACUGCGCGGCGGCUUGGGAUUCGGACCGUCGGCGUUUACAAUGAUGCCGACAGGGAGAGUCUUCAUGUGAGGUCUGCGGAUGAGGCGGUUCGGAUUGGCCCUCCACCUGCCCGGGAAAGCUACCUCAAUGCCUCCGCCAUCGUUAAGGCUGCUCCGCGGACUGAUCCACAUUUAUGUUUUAGUCUUAUUUUGGCUGAAAAUUUCCAGUUGUUUCAGAUGAAACAGUGGAAACCGAAUCACUAUAAUCAAAUACAGAAAUUUCUGUUAACUCUAUUAAUGGCUAUCCAUCUAGGCUAUGAUUUUUUAUUAGAGAGUGCCGACUUUGUCACUUUGCACAACUUUGUCAAAGUGAAGGACUAUCAUUUAUUGGGCCUCCAUUAUCUGCCAUCGGACAUUGACAUUACAUCUUCUGGUACUGCAUCAAAGAGGAUCAUGAAUGCAGCUGGGGUACCACUUGUGCCUGGCUAUCAUGGUGAUGAACAAAGCAUUGACUACUUAAAGGCUGAGGCUGAAGCUGAAAAAAUUGGAUAUCCUAUCCUCAUAAAGUCCACACAUGGUGGUGGUGGUGGUGGUAAGGGGAUGAGGAUAGUCCAGGGAUCAGAUGAAUUUGUUGAAGCCUUACUGGGAGCUCAGCGUGAAGCUGCUGCCUCUUUUGGCAUAAGUAAUUUGUUAGAGAAAUAUAUCACUCAACCUAGACAUAUAGAAGUCCAGGUGUUUGGAGACAAGCAUGGGAAUGUCGUACAUUUAUAUGAAAGAGAUUACUGUGUGCAAAGAAGACACCAAAAGAUAAUCGAAGAGGCUCCAACACCAAAUGUAGUUAAGGAGUUCCGCUCCUUAGGUGAAGCUGCUGUCUCUGCUACAAAGGCCGUAGGCUACCACAAUGCUGGAACUGUGGAAUUUAUAAUGGACACAACUUCAGGCCAAUUCUAUUUCAUGGAGCUGAAUACACGUCUGCAGGUUGAACAUCCAGUAGCUGAGAUGAUUGUUGGUCAAGAUCUUGUGGAAUGGCAGAUUCGUGUUGCAAAUGGAGAACCCCUUCCCUUGACCCAAUCAGAAAUUCCUGUGGGAGGGCAUGCUUUUGAAGCUCGGAUAUAUGCUGAAAAUGUACCCAGAGGAUUCCUUCCUGCUACUGGAAAGUUGCAUCACUAUCAUCCAGUUUCUGUGACACCAUCAGAUUUAUGAUAAUUAAUUAUCACGAAAGAAGAGGACAAGUGACUAGCAAUUUCAGCAAAUAGCCUUAUCUUAGGAA